UGCUGGCACUGGAAGUCUCUCUAAAAGAGUUACUCCAGUGCUGUUUAUAAAAUACACAGUAGAAAAAUCAACAGGGGUUUUCUUCCCCUAUAUGAAAAACUUUUGGUUUAAAAGACAGGGCAGGGUUCAUCAGUAGAGAUCCAACAGCAAGCUGCGCAGAUAUCUUGAGCAACAACCUAAAUUCCGUAGCAGGUGAUGUCACCUGUAAAUGCCCUAUAAAUGGAGGAAGUCUUAGGGUGCAUCUGAAUGAUUUAUCUGCACAGAUACCCAGUGCUACAAGCAUGGCUGUCUCAGCACUACGGCUGACGAUUGUCCUGGGACUACUGGUCUUAAUCCUGACUUGCCAGGCAGAUGACAAACCAGAUGACAAGCCAGAUGACUCAGACAAAAAAACAGAGCCAGAUUUUCCAAAAUUCCUAAACCUCUUGGGCACAGAGAUCAUUGAGAAUGCAGUGGAGUUCAUCCUCCGCUCCAUGACGAGGAGCACAGGAUUUAUGGAAUUUGAUGAUAAACAAGGAGAACAUUCAGCAAAGUGACUUCCCCAGGACACACCCAACAUGGCUCCAGAAUAACCCAAGGGCAGCCAAUCCUGCUUUUCCAGUUCUGCUUCACGAGUACGAGGCCCCAAAGCAGCUCCAAGCAAGUUCUCAGGAUUCAGGACCUGGCUCAACCAAACACAGCUUAUUCUGAACAUCCUGAUUUUGCCUUCUUGCCUCUAGAAGUCAGAGGACAUGUGUCCUCUUAGGGGUCACAUACCCUAUUUAAAUGAGAUUUUUGUUGUUGGUGGUAGUAACUUUCCUGAGCAUCCUUAAAGUUUUUAAUGAUGCAAAAAAUAUAAAAUAUAUAAAAGUGAUUAUUGGCCAGAAUAAUCAAAGAAUGGUUCAAAAUAAGAAAGUCAAAGCCCAGAUAAAGUAACAAGUCUAAAGUCACACAAUCAGUAAAUGACAAAAAAGGAAUUUGAAACGGACUCCAAAGAACAAACUCUAACUCCUAAAAACAUAUGAAGUUCCAGAGUUAAAAGCUUCAUCUAUCCUUUUGCAAAGUCUUUCAAAUACAUCUGAGCCUAUUCUCCUGGGCUAGGUAAACUAAAAACCAACAUUUUUUUUAAUUAACUAGAUUAUUACUGUUGCAGAUAGUCUUUAUAAUUCUCAAAGAAUAGCAUAGAGUGUCAGGGAUGGAAGAGUCCUCCAAUAGUCUAGUGCAGCUCUUAUAUUUGCUCACCACCUCAUCACACAGAGGCAGCUCCCCAGUAGCCAUUGCUGUCACUCUUGCCCACUAGGUCAUAGAGAAUCGAAUGCCUGUAAAACUUGACCCAGUGGAGCCAGAAAGAUUCUCCCAGAAUUAUUGAUGUGGACAGUUAAGACCAGACUGAAAUCAUGGAGCUGAUGAUAAUUACAGAUCUAGAAUAUAGGAUCUCUGUACUACUGCUAAUGAGUUCUCACAAGCUGUCCUGAGACUGGCCCUUCCAAAGCACUCCGGCUCUGAAAGUGACUCCAGUGUUUCAAUAAAUCUUUUGUUUGUCUUGUUUCCUA